UUCAGUUUAGUUUAUUCAGCCAGCCAGUCACUCGGUCCUUGCGUAACAAUAAUCAUCUGUGAAUUGGAAAGGAUAAACUGACCAUUAUAAUCAUAAUAAUGAUAAUCUUGUUACAGUUUAUAUUGGCCAUCAUUAUGAUGAUGAUGGUAACCAUAUCCAAAUCGGCACCAUAUUCUGGUGGUUAUCGAACCUUAUCAUCACAUGGUACUGGUCGUGGUCAGAUUAUGGCUGCACCAAUGGUGGUUCGUGCAACCAACGUCGGUGGUUCCAGUGGUUAUGGUUCAAUUUUUGGUCGUUCAUCAUCGUCAACCAAGAAUAAUGGUGGUGGUGUGAUUCCUAUCGCAAUUCAUACCAAACAUAAUGUUGAAUAUAAAGAUGUUCCAUCAUCCGGUUCAAUUCAAACGGCAACUGUUGAAGUUGGUGCACGAUCAAUACCGAUCAAUAUUAUAUUCCGAUCCGCAUCAUCAUCGUUGAAUGUAUUACAGAGACAUCAAGGUUCGGUUGGUGAUACACAGGAAUCCUCGUCCGAAGAUGAACCACAUCGUCUUUUGCAUACAGUAACCAAACCAAUCAUACAAGAAAUCCAUGAAGUUAUAUCGCCAUAUCGAAAAAUUCUGCAGGAAGUACAUCCAGUACAAGAAGAAAUUAAAACUGUUGUGGCCAAGAAUAGCAAUCGCUAUCAGCCAGCUGGUCAAGGACGACCGACAACAACAUCAACAAUGGGACAACAACAACAUUAUGUUGCAGCUGCAUCAUCGAAUAAAAAACAUCAUGUGCAAGCAUCACCCAUUAUAAUCGAUAAUAAUAAUAAUGAUAAUUCUAUGGAUUCCAUGGAAGACGAUGAUGAUGUUGAUUUCCAAAAAUUAAUACAAAAUGGCAAUGCGAUCGUAACAUCAUCAUCCAUUCUAAAAGGAACAGAUUUGGAUGGCAAAUCAAUUGCCAAAGCAAUGGAUCAAAGUUUAUCCAAGUCAUUAGCGGCUAUUUUGAAGACACCAACUUCACAAAAAACUAAACAACAACAACAAACAUCACCAACAUCAUCCUCAUCAUCAUCCAUAUCGGUCUCAUCCUCGUCAUCAUCCUCAUCACCAUCAUCAUCAUCGUCAUCAUCGUCGUCAUCAGGCGUAAAAACCUAUUUAGGUAACCAGGUUUAAGAAAAAAUCGAGUCAAAA